AUGUGUUUUUUUACCUGUCAAUCAAAUGAUAUUUUAAUGAAACACAUCGUGCGAUAUCACCGACACAACCCAGAUUUUAAAGUAAAAUGUACGCAAGAUGGAUGUGGUGCAACAUAUCAGAAAUGGAAGUCGUUUCGCCAACAUCUCUUCAGAAAACAUCCAAUGAUUUCAGUAGCUAUUAAUAACAUAAUACAAGAACCAGAAGUCGAAUUGCUAAUCGGUGAAGAAGAGCCUCAACAGCAGAAUUUUGACCAAGAAUUAUUUCAAUCGCCAAUAAAACGUCUUCAAUGGCACUCCGCGAAAUUCUUAAUUGAUAUUCGUGAAAAUUGUAAGGUUUCACAAAACGCUAUGAAACACAUUAUUGAUGGUAUUACAUCUUUGGUUGAGAAAGAAUGUCAAAGACUAAAAGAUCCUCAAACACAAGUUCUUCACUUCGAAGAUGUUCGAAAUGUACUUGUUGACAAAUAUCCUCCUACAAUUAUUUUUUCAAUGAAACAAAAAACAUUUCUACAAGUUUGGAAUGGAAAAAAAAAGAAAUCAACUGAUACACAUGUCGAUUUGCGUGAGGUUCAACAUGAUGCUUAUAUCGUUCCAUUCAUGGAUAAUUUAAGAAAUCUAUUGAUGAAUGAAGAAAUUCGAUCUAAUAUAGAUCAUCCUUUGGAACAUGAAGAUGGCAUUUAUCGGACAGUAUUAGAUGGAAGUUAUUAUCAAGCAAAUACAUUUUUUCGAGAGAAUAAAAAUUCUCUAGCGAUAAUUCUAUACUAUGAUGAUCUCGGGAUUGCUAAUCCAUUAGGUUCUAGUUCUAAAAUUCACAAAUUAUCAAUGUUUUAUUGGGUCCUUGCAAACAUUAAACCUGAAUUAAGAUCAUCACAAAAUGCGAUUCAAUUAUUAGCUAUUGUAAAGAGUAAUUAUGCAAAGGAAUCCAAAGCUCUUGAAAAAAUUUUAAAACCUUUUAUCGAUGAUAUCGUUAAAUUACAGACCGAAGGAAUUGAUAUUUACAUAAAUGGUUCUAAAAAAAAUUAUAGAGGAUCGUUGCUGUUCUUUGCAGGUGAUACUCCUGCAUCAGCAUUAAUCGGGGGUUUCAAAGAAUCCGUUGCUGCUAAUCAUCCAUGUCGUUCUUGCAUGAUUACAAAAGGCGAUUUAAAAAACUAUUUUAAGGAAAGUGAUCUUGUUUUGCGAAAUAAAAAUGAUCAUAAUGAUCAUUUAAGUGCUAUUAACGAACCCAAUCUUACAAAGAGAGCAAAAGAAUUUUGGCAGAAAACUUACGGAGUCAAUAACAGAAGUCCCUUGAUGGAAAUUCCUCAUUUUGACAUUACAAUAUGCCUGCCACAAGAUUGCAUGCACAUUUUAAUUGAAGGAGUAGCAGAAAUUACAUGUCGACUAUUUUUAUGCUAUUGCAUCAUAGAAAAAGAACUUUUUUGUAUCAAUGAUUUAAAUGAAAAAUUAGUUUCAUUUCACUUUGAGCAUUUUAGUAAAGAUAAACCUGCUGCGAUACAAAGAAGUGAUUUAGCUAUUGAUAAACCUUUACGUCAAAGUGCAGCACAAAU